AUGCAACAUAACAGCGUAAAACCAGACACCUCCUUCACACAACAUGCCCAUAACGGUACCCGCCGGUUCCCCCUUUGCACACGGGCCUCGUUCCCCCCACACACCCGCCAAAGCCCCUCCAGCUUCCCGCCUCAUCCGCCCUCGUUCACCGCCUUCUCCCCCUUUGCUACCCGCCUCAUUCCCCCUUGCUACCCACCCCAGUCCCACUCGCUACUCGCCUCAUUCCCCCUUGCUACCCACCCCAGUCCCACUCGCUACCCGCCUCAUUCCCCCUUGCUACCCACCCCAGUCCCACUCGCUUCCCGCCUCAUUCCCCCUUGCUACCCUCCCCAUUCUCCCUUGCUUCCCGCCCCAUUCCCCCGUGCUUCCCGCCUCAUUCACCCUUGCUACCCACCCCAUUCUCCCUUGCUACCCCCCUCAUUCCCCCUCGCUACCCGCCUCAUUCCCCCUCGCUUCCCGCCUCAUUCCCCCUUGCUUCCCACCCCAUUCUUCACUGCUACCCGCCUCAUUCCCCCUCGCUACCCGCCUCAUUCCCCCUUGCUACCCUCCCCAUUCUCCCUUGCUUCCGGCCUCAUUUCCCCUUGCUUCCCGCCUCAUUCCCCCUUGCUUCCCGCCCCAUUCCCCCUUGCUCCGGGCCUCAUUCUCCCAUGCUACCCCCCUCAUUCACCCUUGCUACCCGCCUCAUUCCCCUUUGCUUCCCGCCUCAUUCCCCCUUGCUACCCUCCCCAUUCUCCUUUGCUUCCCGCCCCAUUCCCCCGUGCUUCCCCCCUCAUUCACCCUUGCUACCCGCCUCAUUUCCCUUUGCUUCCCGCCUCAUUCCCCCUUGCUACCCACCCCAUUCUCCCUUGCUACCCCCCUCAUUCCCCCUCGCUACCCGCCUCAUUCCCCCUCGCUUCCCGCCUCAUUCCCCCUUGCUUCCCACCCCAUUCUUCACUGCUACCCGCCUCAUUCCCCCUUGCUUCCUACCCCAUUCUUCACUGCUACCCGCCUCAUUCCCCCUUGCUACCCUCCCCAUUCUCCCUUGCUUCCCGCUGA